AUGGCGUCGUACCAACUCAUCAAAGAAGGGGGCGCGAGCGUUGAUGUUGAGUCUGCUUUGCACGAAACCGAUAAUAAAUCUUCAUCGUCUUCUCCGGCCCACUCGAGCUCGGGCUGUAUUAGGUCAUCGUCUUCGUCAUCUGCUCGUCUUGUAUCCCUUGACAUUUUUCGUGGCAUUACUGUUGCGUUAAUGAUAUUUGUUGAUGAUGCUGGUGGAAUCAUACCAUCUAUCAAUCACUCCCCGUGGAAUGGUUUGACUUUGGCAGAUUUUGUUAUGCCGUUUUUCCUUUUCAUGGUUGGCGUGUCACUUGCACUUGUAUACAAGAAUACAGCCUGCAGAGCUGCUGCAUCCAGAAAAGCAAUACGCCGGGCAGCCAAACUUAUUGUAAUAGGAUUAUUUCUCCAAGGUGGCUUUUUCCAUGGUCUUAAUGAUCUUACAUAUGGUGUUGAUGUUGAACAUAUUAGAUGGAUGGGCAUAUUGCAGAGAAUUGGGGCAGCAUAUUUGGUGGCAGCAAUGUGUGAGAUCUGGCUUAGAAAUGACGAAAAAGUUUGCUCUGCUUCAUCUUUGAUUAAGAAGUACCAAUGGCACUGGAUCAUGGUGUUGUUGCUUACAUCAGUAUAUUUCCUUCUGUUAUAUGCUGUCUAUGUUCCAGACUGGGAGUACCAUAUUCCACAUGACACGUCUUCUGAGGCUAAGAUCAAUAUGGUGAAAUGUGGGGUACGUGGUGACACUGGACCUGCAUGCAAUUCUGCUGGAAUGAUAGAUCGUAUGAUUUUGGGUGUUAAACACUUGUACCGGAAGCAAAUAUAUUCUCGAACAAAACAAUGCAGUAUUAACUCGCCAGAUUAUGGCCCUCUCCCUCCCGAUGCUCCUUCAUGGUGUCAAGCCCCUUUCGAACCAGAAGGAUGUUUGAGUACAGUGAUGGCGGUUGUUACCUGCUUGAUAGGCUUACAAUAUGGGCAUAUUAUUAUUCAUUUUAAGAAUCAUAAAAGGAGACUUUUGCUGUGGUCAGUACCAUCAGCAGGUUUCGUAGUCUUGGGCAUGCUUAGCGACAUGUUUGGGAUGCAUUUGAACAAGGCUUUAUAUUCUUUCAGCUACAUGUGUGUAACAACUGGUGUUGCAGGGGUUCUACUUGCCACAAUUUAUCUAGUGGUAGAUGUGUACGGAUAUAGGCGUUUUACUAGCGUGCUCGAAUGGAUGGGAAAGCACGCAUUGGUUAUAUAUAUUCUUGUAGCAUGCAAUAUUUUACCGCUUAUCCUCCAAGGAUUUUAUUGGAGAAAUCCUCGCAACAACCUUCUAACUGCGAUUGGGAUCGGAAAAAAGAGUCACUGA